CGUCCGGGCGGAGAGCAGCUCCUUUCGGGGCGGAACGCUUCCACUCAAAACCACCGCCUCUUUUCUCCAAACCGCACCGGGACAGAUUUACUCCUGACGGCUCUUUUUCUUUUUUCUUUUCUUUUUUUCUCCUCAUUUCGUAUCCAUGAACACAGCAGUCCGCCCUCCAGGAGCCACUCUAGGACGGCGUGGCCGCGUCAAUGAAGUGUGAAGACGACGCGGGGAGCCCGGCGUACCCGGGGGGACCGAUGAUUUGGUCCAAAUAAACACUUUUAUUUAUUUAUUUUCCCUCCCCCUCGUCGCCGGAGAGGGAAACUUGAAACGAGGCAGAGUUUUUUUUUUUUUUUUUUUUUGGGAGUUCCACCUCCCCUCCUCUCUCCCCGUAGGAUUUGAUUCAAAGGCGAAAACCAAGAUGGCCGCCGACUCCGUGCAGGGGGAUUCCAGGGGCCAGCUGGUGGCGGAGCGACUCGGUCUGGGUCACAACCUGGAUCUGUCCGACACGAUGGUUCAACAGAAGCUCGACGAGAUCAAGGAGCAGAUCCGACGGGAGAUCCGUAAAGAGCUGAAGAUCAAAGAAGGCGCGGAAAAUCUCCGAAAGGUAACCACGGACAAGAAGAGCCUGGCUUAUGUUGACAACAUGCUGAAAAAGUCUAACAAGAAGGUUGAGGAGCUUCAUCAGGAGCUGCAGGAGCUCAACGCCCACAUAGUGGUCAAAGACCCCGAGGAACUGCUAGAAUGCCCUUUGACCCCAGACACGCCAAACAGUGAGGCGAGAAUGUGCACCAGCAGCAGCCGCCUCGCCGCCCUGAAAAGACAGAACGACAUUGAGCUCAAGGUCAAGCAGGGUGCAGAGAACAUGAUUCUGAUGUACUCCAACGGGCCCUCCAAGGAUCGUAAGUUGCUAGCGACCGCACAGCAGAUGCUUCAAGACAGCAAGACGAAGAUAGAGUUCAUCAGGAUGCAGAUCCUCAAGGCCAGCCAGGCCAGCGAGCUGAGCUUCGAUAACAACGACGUGAUGGACAAGCCCAUCAUCAGCCCGCUGGACCUUCGGGUGGAGGAGCUGUGUCACCACGCCAAGAUAGAGUCCGCCGUGGCGGAGGGAGCCAAGAACGUCAUGAAACUCCUGGGCACGGGAAAGGUCACAGAGAAGAAAGCCCAUUCGGAGGCCCAGGCUCGGUUCAAUGAGUCCAGCCAGAAGCUCGACCUCCUGCGGUAUUCCUUGGAGCAACGCCUCAACGAGUUGCCAAAAAACCACCCUCGCAGCAGCAGCAUCGUGGAGGAGUUGUCCCUGCUGUCCUCGCCGGUCCUCAGCCCCAGAUCCAGCAUCAUUGCCACGCAGAACCAGUACAGCACGGUGACCAAGCCAGCUGCCCUCACAGGCACAUUGGACGUGAGGCUCAUGGGCUGUCAGGACCUUCUGGAGAACGUGCCCGGUCGUUCCAAAGCUGCGUCUGUCCCGCUGCCCGGCUGGAGUCCCAGCGAGACGCGCUCGUCCUUCAUCAGCCGAGCCAACCGGAACCGCGGCGUGAGCUCGCGGAACCUGACGAAGAGCGAGGAGCUCUCCAAUGAGAUCAGCGCAGUGUUGAAGCUGGACAACACGGUAGUCGGCCAAACAAGCUGGAGGUCUGUCAGUAACCAGGCGUGGGACCAGAAGUUUACAUUGGAGCUGGACCGGUCUCGCGAGCUGGAGAUCUCGGUGUACUGGCGCGACUGGCGUUCGCUCUGCGCCGUCAAGUUCCUGCGGCUGGAGGACUUCCUGGACAACCAGCGUCAUGGGAUGUGUCUGUACCUGGAGCCCCAGGGGAUGCUGUUUGCUGAGGUGACGUUUUUCAAUCCCGUCAUUGAGAGACGACCAAAGUUGCAAAGACAAAAGAAGAUUUUCUCAAAGCAGCAAGGUAAAACCUUCCUGCGAGCCCCUCAGAUGAACAUCAACAUCGCCACCUGGGGCCGCCUGGUGAGAAGAGCCAUCCCCACCGUCAGCACCAACUCCUUCAGCCCGCAGGCGGCAGAGACCGGGCAGAGCAGCCUGCCCGGGUCACCCACGCCCUGCAGUGACCCGCUGGUGACCAAGCUGGACUUUGACAAAGAGCCGACCCCAGGACCCAAACACUACGAGGCACCCGACGACAUCCGGGAACCGCUGGUCCAGGAUAAGCUGCCGGACAAAGAGGAGGAACAGGACGCGCUGGCCUCCUUUGACUUCCUGAACAAGAGGAACAGCAUGGCGGUGAAGCCGGACCAGGACGGACUGCUGGAGCAGGAGAUGCAGCAUCCGGACCUGGAGCUCAUCGCCAUCCCGAAAGACUCAGAAAUAAGGGAAGAAGAUCCGUUCCACUUCAGCCUCAAAGACUUCAAAUGUGUGGCGGUCCUCGGCCGUGGUCACUUUGGAAAGGUGUUGUUGGCAGAAUAUAAAAGCACAGGUGAGAUGUUUGCUAUCAAAGCGCUGAAGAAAGGAGACAUCGUGGCUCGCGACGAGGUGGACAGUCUCAUGUGCGAGAAAAGGAUCUUCGAGGCGGUCAACAGCGUCCGCCACCCGUUCCUGGUCAACCUGUUUGCGUGUUUCCAGACGCAGGAGCACGUUUGUUUUGUCAUGGAGUACGCUGCGGGAGGAGACCUAAUGAUGCACAUCCACGCGGACGUGUUCUCCGAGCCGAGGGCCAUAUUUUAUGCAGCCUGCGUCGUAUUGGGAUUACAGUUCUUACAUGACCAUAAGAUCGUGUACAGAGAUUUGAAGCUGGAUAACCUCCUCCUGGACACAGAGGGCUACGUCAAGAUUGCUGACUUUGGGCUUUGCAAAGAAGGAAUGGGCUUCAAGGACCGCACCAGCACGUUUUGUGGCACGCCGGAGUUUCUAGCACCUGAGGUUUUGACCGAAACGUCGUACACUCGCGCUGUGGAUUGGUGGGGGCUGGGCGUCCUCAUCUUUGAGAUGCUGGUUGGGGAGUCGCCCUUCCCCGGCGACGACGAGGAGGAGGUGUUUGACAGCAUCGUCAACGAUGAAGUCCGCUACCCACGAUUCCUCUCGACCGAGGCCAUCUCCAUCAUGAGAAGGCUUCUGAGAAGGAAUCCGGAAAGACGACUGGGAGCAGGAGAUAAGGACGCCGAGGAGGUUAAGAAACAUCUUUUCUUCAGGAACAUGGAUUGGAACGGACUUUUGGCUAAGAAGGUGAAGCCGCCCUUCGUGCCCACCAUUCAGGGCGCCAACGACGUCAGCAAUUUUGACGACGAAUUUACCUCAGAGGCUCCCAUCUUAACCCCGCCCAGGGAACCCCGACCGCUGAACUCGGACGAGCAGCACAUGUUCUCUGACUUUGAUUACAUCGCUGACUGGUGUUAGCUUCACGCAGCUUCACCCCCCAAACACUCACACACACUGUGAACCAACCAACCAACACAGCAAUGGCUGUAGCUCACGUCAGUUUUAAAGCCCAGAAUGUUGAGGAGGAGGAGGAGCAACGAGUGCGGCGGCUCCCCCGAGCCUUUGGGGCAAAACUCUGUGCCAUUGAGAAGAAAGUCCAGCAGCCUCUAGAGGACCCCCACUUAUUUUUUUAAAUCCAUAUGAAGAACGUUUCUUUUUUCUUUUUCUUUUUUAACAAAACGGGAAAAAAAACGAAAGCCUGUUGGAGAAUGAACGAGGAGGAGCGCUUCUUCCUUCCUGCACACUCGUUGUGUCCGUUGUCUGACCACUGAGAAUGUUUUUCAUAAGAACUCUUGAGCAGACGUCACAACCAUGUUAUUCAGUGUCCCUGUCGUCGGUUUCUUUUCUUUUUUUAAAUCUGUACAGAUUAUAUUCAGUCGUAUAUAUUUUAUUUUCUUUAUUUUGCAAAAGCCCUCGUCAUGGAUUUAAGGACAUUUAAUCUCACUGUACAUUUUGAAGUGCUCAAAGCAUUGUCACUGAGCGGUCGACCAUACAGACACCUCGACUACUACUGCUGCUUCUUGACUUGAAAUCAAAGAGGGUCUUCACCCUUUUUGUCUCGGGGCCCAAUCUUUGUUCACCAACUGUUUUAACUUUUUUUUACAACAACCCACAUAAUAAUAAUCGUAACGAUAAUACUCUUUACUAUAAAACCGUAGUCCAGUGUUAAAUGUGACCUACGCUGUUAAACACACUACUCUUGUGGGAAAUCAGAUGAUUACAUAAGAGCGUUGGCCAGAAGAAAUUAUGAAUAUUUAAUAUUCUCCUCUGUCUGAUGCCCUCUCGUGGUGUUGUAGAUUUUCAGUUGACCUCAGUUCUAAAAAUCUUAACUGCACCUUUGUAUUGCAGUAUCUUUUGGAGCAAUAAAAUCAAGCAUAAAGUAAAUUAUUAUUUUAGAGCGGAGUACAGCUGGAUGUCAAAUGUUUUCCAUUUCGUGGGAGUGAAGGGCUCGUUUCUAAAUGGACAUCUGGUUGUGAAGCUGAAAGCCUUUUUCUUGUUACCUCAGUCAAAGUGAAAACAUCAGUGUUUUGCCGUUACAAGCUAUCAAAACCAAAUGAAUCCUGUCCGUCUUGAAGCAGCAGACAAAUCCCUCGUGGUAAGAAGUAUCUGAUUGAUGGACUGAACCCAAUGAAGCUAAGACUUGUUGUGCAGAAAUCCAUAACAAAGCCUAAGCUGUUUUUUGGGAACAUACAUAAUUCAGUUAUUCCAGCCUACUGUCUAAAUGUAAUUUAAAUGCUUCUCAGUUGCAUUUUUCAAUCUGACCGAGAAACCAGUGGUUUUAUGUUUAGUCAAUUUGCAUUAUAUAAAAAGUGACUCGAAUAAUGGAGAGCUGUUCACAUGAAUCACUACAGGGGAGGGUAUAUUAUAUAUACAAACUGUAUGAACACAAUUAAGCUCAAAGCACUAAUUUUAUCUAGUUUUAAUUAUCUACAUGUGUUGAUGAAAAUAGAUUGUACAAAGUUUUUUUUUUUUAUUUACUUGUGCAUGUUGUUGCCAGAACAAAGACUAUAGAUGGUACAAAUACUCGAGUCACACAACUGUUGAUCACACCGGUGUAAAAAGAAAAAGGCAUUUCUGCAGUUGUUGCCUAUCAUAAAUGCACAAUUAAACAUUUGUAAUCGUGA